ACCUGCAUGACCAGCAGCGAAGCCAUGGACACCCUGGGGCAGUACAAGAUCACAGUGUGGGAGGAGGAGAGCUUCCAGGGCAAGCGCUGCGAGUUCCUCAUGGAGUGCCCCAGCAUCAUGGAACGCAACUUCCGCAAGAUCCGCUCCAUCAAGGUGGAGUCUGGCCCCUGGGUGGGCUUCGAGUACCCCGAGUACCAGGGGCAGCAGUUUAUCCUGGAGAAGGGUGACUAUCCCCGGUGGGAGGCCUGGAGCGGGAACAGCGGCUACCGGACUGAGCACCUCCUCUCCUUCCGACCCAUCAAGUGCGCGAACCACAACGACAGCAAAGUCACCCUCUACGAGGCGGAGAACUUCCAGGGGCACAAGUUUGAGCUGAGUGAUGACUACCCCUCCCUGCAGGCCAUGGGCUGGGGCAACAAGGAGGUGGCAUCCAUCAAAGUGAACGCCGGAGCGUGGGUGGCAUACCAGUACCCAGGAUACAGGGGCUACCAGUACGUGCUGGAGCGGGACAGACAGAACGGCGAGUUCAAGAAGUACAACGAAUACAGCAGCCAGGCCCACACCAACCAGAUCCAAUCCAUCCGCCGUGUCCAGCACUGA